GAGAAAGUCAGUAUCUCUCUCACGCACACACAACACAGAGAUAGCAGAAAGAAAGGAGAGAGAGAGAGAGAGAAAGAGAGAUGGAGAAAGUGGUGCCUGAGGCGGAGGAGCUGCCCAGGGCUAUCGUGCGCCGGGUGGUGAAGGAUAAGCUCUCCCACUGCUCCCCAGACGCCGACAUGUCCGUUCACAAAGACGCUCUCCUCGCUUUCUCUGAAAGCGCUCGCAUCUUCAUCCACUACCUCUCCGCCACGGCGAAUGACAUAUGUAGAGAAUCGAAGAGGCAGACUAUCAAUGCCGAUGAUGUAUUGAAAGCGCUUGAAGACAUCGAGUUUCCGGACUUUGUGAUGCCACUUAAAGCCUCCCUUGAUGAGUUUAGGCGGAAUAAUGCUGGAAAGAAGGCCAGAGCAGCGAAGGAAAAAGAAGUGAAAAAGAGGAAACUGGAAGAAGAGCAACCAGGUGGUGAAAGGGAAGAAGAAGAAGAAGACCAGGAUGGUGAAGACUGAGCAAGAACAUUGAAUUUUAACCUUAUCAGAGAGGCAGAGAUAAAUUGCACUUGCUAUGUUUUUAGUUAAUAGCUUUAGUAUGACCGCCAUCCAACUAUAUCAUCGAUUCAUCCGCUUCUUUUUUAUUACCUAAAAUAUGCCUUAAUCGUA